AUGAGUGACGGGUUCUCAUUGAAAUUCCGUCGCCCAUCGAGCAAACUGCAAAAGGAGUCUCCAAGCUUCAGUUCACGCAUUCUUCGGAGUCAUCAAAGCGCAUCUUCCUUGAAACGUCAUCCUUCCGCCCCCGUCUACCCGCGCUCCUCGAACAGUAGCCGCGAGCACACCCGCACAAGAUCCAACGCUGCUGCUGUAUACGGAUCAUCCUCAUCAUCGCUUGAACAACAUAGCGACGGCCCGUCACCAGUACAAAACGACCAUUCCUUUUUCCCCAGCUACAGCACCCGCGCCCGCCAGAAUCGCUUCUCCUACGAUCAGCACAGUUCGGAUGAAUUAACGACCACCCCCUUCGAGGCACGGGGCAUGCUCAGUGCAUUAGAUGAGAAUAGUGCCGAAACUGACUCCCUGUCUCCACCUCAUAACCCUCCGCCCCUGCACUCCCAGCAAUCUAGCCCGAUAAGCCCAGACCCGCGGCACCGCUCCUUUCUCCGACAAUCUGCCAGUUUCACCACCUUGCCCUCCCGGAUGGAUCCCUUGGCACAUCGGGAGACUGAGCGGCCUUCCAACUCCAAGCGUCAUUCCGAUGAAGGCAGUGGCCAUACCCGGGGCGGGAGAAGCAAAAAGGCCAGCUUCUCUAGUUUCGUGAAUAGCAUGCUGGGCUCGCCUCGCAACAUCAAGAUCUCGUCCCCGGAGAACCCUGUCCACGUCACCCAUGUGGGCUACGAUAAUCAGACUGGCCAAUUCACGGGCUUGCCCAAGGAGUGGCAGCGGCUACUGCAGGAGAAUGGAAUUUCGAAGAAGGAACAGGAAGAACACCCGCAGACUAUGAUGGACAUCAUGCGCUUCUACGAGAAGAACACCCGUGGUGAUGACGAUGAAGUCUGGCACAAGUUCGACAAUGCGCAUGGCAAAGAUAACGGCCGACCACCCUCGCCUCCAGGAAGCCCCCGUUUCCCCCAGAACCACGAAGGUAGCUUUGAGAACCCCCGGUCGCCGCCACCGGUUCCGAAGGGACCACCAGGAGGAGCGCCUCCCCCAGCAUCAUUGGCGUCUGCCGCCGUCUCCCCGCCAUUGGGAAGCCUCAUUCCGCAUCGCGCGCCUCCAAAGCCACCCGGCAUGACACCCUCGCGACCCCCACCGCAACCUCCUACCAUGGCCCAGCGACCGCCAGAGGCCUAUGCAAUGGGAGCACCGCCCAUUCCCGAGGCAGCACCACUAUCCAGCGAUCCACGGGGUACCUCUGGCUCUCGAAACGGCACUCAGCUCCAGGAAUCGAAUAUCGUGGCUUCCCCGACACAAUACCAACGGCAGCAGGAGCAAGUCAUGGCCGCUGCUCAGGAAGCGAUCGCAUCCAAGAAGCUGGAUCGGAGCACAAGUCAGCGCCAACCACAACAGGCUUCUCAAAUACCGCCAAUUCCGACAAAUGUUCCCCAGAGCUCCGUGGAGUCCUCUUCUGCGGCUUCUCGAGCACCCCCGGCAGCUCGCCCUCGUCAGCCCAAGCGCCAAAGCAACGUUAUGGAUGUGCGGCAGCGUCUGUUGCAAAUUUGUCACCCAGGCGAUCCUACACAAAUAUACUACAACCUCAAUAAGGUUGGACAGGGUGCUUCGGGUGGUGUGUAUACUGCUUAUGAAAAUGGUAACAACAACUGUGUCGCCAUUAAGCAGAUGAACCUAGAUCUUCAGCCCAAGAAGGAUUUGAUUAUCAAUGAGAUUCUUGUAAUGAAGGACAGCAAGCACAGGAACAUUGUGAAUUUCCUUGAGAGCUACCUUCACGGCCUGGAUUUGUGGGUUGUCAUGGAGUAUAUGGAAGGUGGUAGUCUUACAGACGUGGUCACCUACAAUAUUAUGAGCGAGGGCCAGAUUGCAGCGGUUUGCAGAGAGACAUUGAACGGACUCCAGCACCUCCACUCUAAAGGCGUCAUUCACCGUGACAUUAAGUCUGAUAACAUUCUUCUCUCCCUAGAUGGUAACAUUAAGCUGACCGACUUUGGCUUCUGUGCGCAAAUCAACGACUCCCAUCACAAGCGCAACACCAUGGUUGGAACUCCUUACUGGAUGGCCCCCGAAGUAGUUACCCGAAAGGAAUAUGGUCGCAAGGUCGAUAUCUGGAGCUUGGGCAUUAUGGCCAUUGAAAUGAUCGAGGGCGAGCCACCAUACCUGACAGAGUCCCCUCUGCGUGCGCUCUAUUUGAUAGCCACAAACGGAACACCGACCAUCAAAGAUGAACACAGCCUCUCCGCUACCUUCCGUGAUUUCCUACACCUCGCACUUAAGGUGGACCCGGAGAAGCGAGCUUCUGCCCACGACCUUCUUAAGCACCCAUUCAUGGCCAUCUGCUCGCCACUCACCCAUCUAGCUCCUCUCGUCAAGGCUGCUCGCAUCAGUCGUGCCCAAGAGAAAGCGCAGAAGGGUGGUGGCUAG